AUGGCUCCUCAAUCCGAAAAGAGCCAACUGAAAAGAACUAGAGGUUCUCUACCAGAAUCGGACCUGGAUGCGAAGAAGCCCCGCCGUUCCGAGAGGACAUCGCCAGAACCCAACGACAAGACCCCGGUUUCCAACAAGCACCAGCUUCCGUCCCCGGUCACGAGGGAUAGUGACUCGGACGAGGUCUACAAGGAGCCGACCGCCACGCCACCAGAGGGACGGCCCAGCCAGGUUAACCACCGCGAAAAGGACGACACGUCCCACGCAUUGAACAACAUCUCGUCGCCGCCGCAGGACACCCAGGCCUUCUCGCAAUAUCCUCAGGAGACGAAAGAUGCCCUUUCGGACGAGGUCGAAGAUGAGGUGAAGGAGGGUGUAUGGGGAUAUCUGUUCCCGCUCGAUACGAAGUAUGGCAAGGUUGUCGUUAUGAAGAAGAGGGCUGCUUGCCCGUUGCCAGAUACUGUCAACGCUGCGAAAGAGUCGGCGGGUAAGGACCAGAAGGGGAAGUCGACUUUGCAAAAGGAGGAGGAGGCAUACGAGCGCACAAAGAUUAAAGGAAUUGCUUCGGGCGGUUAUUUGAUCGGACGUCAUCCAGAGUGCGACAUCGUUGUGGAAGACCCCAUCGUUUCGAAUCGGCACUGCCUGAUCUUUUCCGAGAACAAAGGCGGCGACAAUGUGGCUAUCGUGGAGGACCUUUCGAGUAAUGGAACCUUUGUCAAUGAGGCCAAUGUGGGUCGGAACAAGCGGAGAGAGCUUCAGGAACAGGACGAAAUUGCCGUCAUCGACAAAGCCCGUUUCAUCUUUAGGUACCCGAAGACCCGGCAAUCCAGCGCCUUCCUGAAUCAGUAUACACUACUGGAGAAGCUCGGUAAGGGUCAUUUCGCCGAGGUCUUCUUGUGUGUUGAGAAAUCUACCGGCCAAAGGUAUGCUGUCAAGAUCUUCACCAAGACUGCCGGCAUGGAUGAGAGGUCGAAACAGGAGGGUCUGCAGCAGGAGAUUGCUGUCCUCAUGGGCGUUAGUCACCCCAACGUCCUCUGCCUGAAGGACACAUUCAAUGAGCGAAAUGCUGUGUACUUGGUCCUCGAGUUGGCGCCAGAAGGCGAGCUGUUCAACUUCAUUGUCAUGAAGCAGAAGCUGAGUGAAGACGAAACGCGCAAGCUGUUCAAGCAACUUUUCCAAGGCAUCAAGUAUCUGCACGACCGCAAUAUUGUGCACCGCGACAUCAAGCCCGAAAACAUCCUGAUGGUGGACAGGGAUCUCCACGUCAAGCUGGCUGAUUUCGGCUUAGCGAAGAUCAUCGGCGAGGAGUCUUUUACCACCACGUUGUGCGGUACACCCAGUUAUGUGGCGCCGGAAAUUCUUGCCGAGGGUAGACAUCGGAAGUACACCAAAGCCGUGGACAUCUGGUCUCUCGGCGUGGUGUUGUAUAUCUGCUUGUGUGGCUUCCCGCCAUUCUCGGAUGAACUCUACUCGACGGACUUCCCUUUCACAUUGUCGCAACAAAUCAAAAGUGGACGUUUCGACUACCCCUCGCCGUACUGGGAUUCUGUUGGGGACCCUGCUCUUGAUUUGAUCGACUCCAUGCUGGUCGUCGACCCCGAACGCCGGUACACUGUCGACCAAUGUCUCAACCAUCCCUGGAUGACUCAGAACCAGCCGGGUGUCAAUGAUAGCACCGAUGGCUUGGUCGGUGGUAUCCAAGGCUUGGAUGUCCAUCGGCGAGGCGUCACCAGAGAACGGACGUUGCUGAGCUCCAUGAACUCGGUACAAGUCGCCACACGACCGCCUGUGGGGGACAGCAAGAAGCCCAUCCACAUAUACGCCAAGAAUACGAAGAAAAUGGUCCCGAAAGAGGUCGAUCCUCAUGGACAACGGAACGUCAGCGAAUUUGUUGAGAUGGGCGGCAAGGGUGACCAGCCACUCUUCGGCGCAGAUGGCGAAAGCAUAUACUCUAAGGACGACAUCAGCGGCGGCAAGACCAAGGGUGGAGGGAAGUAG